AUGUUAUUCCAUCGUGCCUGGAAUCUGGACUAUUCAGAAGCACAACAUAGAGAUAUGAUGACGGGCAAACACAUUGUUCGUGAUGUAAUGUGCAGAAUUUGUCACAAGAAGGUUGGGUGGAUGUAUGAGUUUGCUAUGGAGGAAUCUCAGCGUUACAAGGAGGCUCGUGUGAUUCUUGAGAAAGCACUCGUCGAUGAAGAGGAUGGAUUUCCCGACCCAGCUGGUGCACUUGAAACUCAUGAGCAGCCGCCUUCGUGA